CACAAAAUAAUUGGAUUUGCACCCCAUUCUUCUGCAAGUAGUGAUGGAAGAAUCAAUUGAUAUGCCAGUCCGACAAGCAGGUGUAAUUUACCUCAAGAACAUGUGCACACAAUUCUGGAAUGAGAGGGAAGCGGAAAAUCCGGGUGAUCCUGUGCCAUUUAGUAUACAUGAGCAAGACAGAUUGACAAUUAGAAACAACAUCAUAGAAGCUGUGAUACAUGCUCCAGAUCCAAUCAGAGUACAGCUGUGCGUUUGUCUAAGCACAAUAAUCAAAUAUGAUUAUCCUGGUCGCUGGCCCAAUUUCCCGGAGAAGGUUGCCUUCUAUAUACAGUCAGAAAAUCAUGCUACGUGGAUGGGAGCCUUUAUGUGUUUGUACCAAAUGGUGAAAGUCUAUGAGUACAAGAGAAGUGAAGAAAGGAAGAUUUUAGACACAGCAAUGGCCCACAUGUUACCCCUGUGUUAUCAAAGAUGUGCCCAGCUCUUGCCAGAUCCCUCCGAGGCCUCAAAUUUGCUACAAAAACAAGUUCUUAAAAUAUACUACGCUUUUAUCCAGAACUAUUUACCAUUGGAAACUUUAACAAAAGAAGUAUUUACACAAUGGAUGGAGUUGAUACGACAAAUUGUAGACAGGCCUGUUCCAGAGGAUACAAAUCAAGUGGAUGAGGACGAUAGGCCAGAACUAGCUUGGUGGAAGGUGAAAAAGUGGGCAGUACAUAUCCUAUCCAGAACUUUCGAAAGAUAUGGAAGCCCAGGAAACGUAACAAAAGAAUACAACCAGUUUGCAGAGUGGUAUUUGAAAGCAUUUUCAGGUGGUAUCAUACAAGUGUUAUUUAAGAUACUGGAACAGUACAGACAGAAAGCAUAUGUAGCACCACGUGUCCUUCAGCAAGCUCUUAACUUCCUCAAUCAAGGUGUGAGUCAUGCAUUUUCGUGGAAGUUUAUGAAGCCUCACAUUCAGCCGAUCAUACAAGAAGUGAUUUUCCCACUGAUGUGUCACAGUGAUGCUGAUGAGGAAUUGUGGGAAACAGAUCCACAGGAAUAUAUCCGCAUAAAAUAUGAUGUUUUUGAAGAUUUUCUUUCCCCUGUGAUUGCUGCACAAACCUUGUUUUAUUCCUGUGCCUCCAAGAGAAAAGAAGUGUUACAAAAGUCCAUGGGUUUCUGUAUGCAGAUACUCACCCAGGGGACGGCCACACCCAGACAGAAGGACGGAGGUCUACACAUGAUUGGGGCAGUAGCUGAAGUUUUAUUGAAGAGAAAGAUAUACAAAGACCAAGCAGAGAUGAUGCUGACUUCACAUGUAUACCCAGAGUUUGUCAGUCCAAAUGGAUUUUUGAGAGCAAGGGCCUGCUGGGUGAUUCGAGUAUUUAGUGAAAUGAAGUUCAAACAAGAAGCACAUUUAUUCCAAGCCCUGGAGCAUACAAAGAACUGUCUAUGUACAGAUAAGGAACUACCUGUAAAAGUGGAAGCUGCCAUAGCUCUACAGAUGCUGAUCACUGAACAGGAAAAAGCAAAAUUAUACAUGAAACCGCAUGUGAAAACUGUGAUAAUAGAACUGCUAAAUUUGAUCCGAGAGACGGAGAACGAUGACUUGACGGGAACCAUGCAGAGAUUGGUGUGUACGUAUGUAGAGGAGGUUACGCCCAUAGCUGUCGAAAUGAUGUCUCAUCUGGCAACAACUUUCUCACAAGUAUUGGAGGCUGAUUCAGAUGGCUCGGAGGAGAAGGCUAUCACAGCUCUCGGUAUAUUAAACACCAUGGAAACUAUACUUACAGUGAUGGAAGAGCAGAAAGAGAUAAUGCUGCAACUAGAAGGAAUUGUGCUCAAUGUUGUGGGAGUUGUACUGCAAAGACAAAUGCUAGAUUUCUACGAGGAAGUGUUGUCAUUGAUCUACAGUUUAACGAGCUCACAUGUCACUGUACACAUGUGGCAGGUCUAUCUAAUGCUGUAUGAAAUGUUCCAGAAAGAUGGUAUAGACUACUUUACAGAUAUGAUGCCUGCCUUGCAUAAUUACAUCACUGUGGACACACAAACAUUCCUUUCCAACCCAAAACAUCUAGAAAUUAUUUAUAAUAUGUGUAAACAGGUAAUGUCAGCUGAUGUAGGAGAGGAUGCUGAAUGUCACGCUGCGAAGUUACUGGAGGUCGUAUUACUGCAGUGUCCAGGGCAAGUUGAUCAAAUUAUAAGACCGUUUGUUGAAUUAGUGCUAGAAAGACUAACUAGAGAAGUUUUAACGUCCGAACUAAGGACAAUGUGUUUACAAGUAGUGAUAGCCGCAUUGUACUAUAAUACGCCUUUACUUAUUGAGACAUUGAAAACAUUGAAAGUGGCCAAUGUGCAAGGGUCAGUGAUGCAGCAAUUCUUAAAACAGUGGAUUCAUGAUGUGGAUUGCUUCCUAGGGUUGCAUGAUAGGAAAGUAAGUGUAUUAGGACUAUGUAAUUUAUUAAGUAUGUUGGAAUCAAAUAGACCAUCAGAAGUGACGGAAGUCGGCUCACAAAUCCUUCCAGCUGCCCUCGUCUUGUUCAGCGGCUUAAAACGAGCGUAUGAGACAAGAGCAGAGAAUGAGAAUUCAGACAGUGAAGACGAUGAUGAUGAUGAAGAUGGCGACUAUGAGCAAGAUGCUCUUGCUAGUGAUGAAGAUGAAGUGGAUGAGGAAGGUCAACAAUAUCUAGAAAAAUUGGAGAAAUCUGUAAAUAAUGAUGGCGACAGUAGUGACGAUGAUUCCCUCGACGAUGAUGAAGCUGAGGAGACUGCCCUCGAGAGUUAUCAGACACCCCUCGACGAGGACAACUGUCCUGUAGACGAAUAUAUCAUCUUUAAACAAAUCCUACAGAAUCUCCAGUCAGUAGAUGGUAAUUGGUAUUCUAUAAUCACUAGUCAGCUUACAGCAGAACAAACUAAACAACUCGAUGAUGUAUUUAAACUAGCCGAGCAAAGAAAAGCCGCAGCAGAAUCAAAGAAAAUUGAACAGAGUGGUGGCUACAAUUUCGCUUCACAGACAGCUGUACCCCAAACCUUCAAUUUUGGCCAAAUAGGAUGAGCGUCCGACCUAGAUUUUAGACAAACUUUCAAAUAGUUUUGUACAGUAAAAAUCACUCUUACGGUCAAAAAAAUGUGCUUGUUUUGUAAGCUGAGACAGCUGACUGAUCGGUCAUCUCUCAUUUAGAAACAAAAAGUGCAUUUUGUUCACCACCCCCCACACACCCCUCUCACCAUGUUUAUUAUCAUCAAGUGCAGGAGGUAUUAGUGCUAAACCAUCAUUUUCAUUUACGAAUUUCAUUGUCAUGAAUGUCAAUUUAUACACUGUUCAAAGUAAAUACAUCACUUUUCAUGGUGAAUUUAAAGAAAUACGCUAUCUUUUCUUUUUUGUGGUUUUAAAGAAUUUAUUUAUCAUUUAUAGCCCCCCUUUUUCCCCAUAUUUAAAAGAUAUUCUUGUGUUAUAUAUAAGGUAUUUAAUGAAUAUGUAUAUUCAUAUGCGUGUGUUCAUCAGUGAGUCGUGUGACGAUAUAUAUGUUAGGUGCAUGAAACGUAAACUGGCCGCAUUUUAUCAAUUUUGUUGACCUCGUGUAAGGGUGGUGUGCAAUAUUAUAACUGCUUGCGUUUCUCCAAAGUAAUCUAUUGCCAAAUAGUCCCGCCCUUGUACUGGCUUUAAUAUGUUGGUUGUUCUUUUUUCUUCUUUCUAAAUAUUUGAUGCAUUGUAUAAGGGACAUGUUCUUAAGUUAAUAAA